AUGAGUACUUCAGAAGAAGACGCGCGAGAAGCGCCCCCAGAGUUCGCACAGAGGGAAGUAGAGGGACCCCACAACGAAGACACUUCAGGUGUAUCUGCACCUCUAGACAGCACUGUAAAUGAAGACACUUCGGGUGUACCUGCACCGCUAGACAGCACUGCAAAUGAAGACAAUUCAGGUGUAUCUGCAGCUCUAGAGACAGAAGCCAGAGAAGAUACUUCAGGUGUAUCUGCACCUCUAGAUAGAAAUGACAAUGAAGGCAAUCCAGGUGUAUCUGCAGCUCUAGAGACAGAAAACGACGGGGAUGGUUUUCACGAAGCGGAUGAGCCUCCACUUGGUGGGCUUGGCAGCAGCAGCAACAACAACAGCAAUGCUGCAGCAAGAGACAGAAGCAACAGCGAGACUGAGAUUAACAGAGACGGGGAAGAGCCCCCUCAAGAAGAAGGGGGGCUCGGCAAUGACCCAUCCGUUAGUGUAACAGCAGAAACAGCAGCAGCAGCAGCAACGACAGAAGCACCAGCAGCAACAACAGAAGCAGCAGCAGCACCAGAAGAUGCACCAGUUACUUCUCCCCGCGGCAGCGGGAAAAGCGACGACGAUGGAGAGCCUGCAGCAGCAGCAGCAGAAGCAGCAGACACUUCUGCAGCAACUGAAGAAACUGCUGCUGCUGCUGCUGCUGCAGGAGAGACAGAUACUGCUGCAGCCGUCGCUCAUCGCAGCACGGAGGAGCUCCUCCUAGAGCGGCAGCCCAGCGCUGCAGAGAGAGACGCAGCAGCAGCCAAUACUGGUGAAUCUGAGAAGGGUGAGGAGACACCUGGCGAGAUGCAUUCAUCUGCUGCUGCACUGCAGCUAGCUGCAGCAGGAUCGCAGCAGCAGCAAAACAGCACAGAAACAAUGGGUCCCCUAGAAGAUGCAUCCAGCAGCGCCGACCCCCCAGGGUCUCGUAUCCUUGUAGCAGCAGACGAUAAUGCAGCAGCAGUAGCAGCAGCUGAUGAUGAUGGUGAUGCAGCAGCAGCAGUAGUAGUAGCUGAUGAUGGUGAUGCCGCAGCAGCAGCAGUUGAUGAUGAAGCAGCAGCAACUGAUGAUGGUAGUGCAGCAGCAGCAGCAGCAGCUGAUGAUGGUGAUGCAGCCACAGCAGCAGUAGCUGAUGAUGGUGAUGCCGCAGCAGCAGCAGUUGAUGAUGAAGCAGCAGCAGCUGAUGAUGGUGGUGCAGCAGCAGCAGUUGAUGAUGAUGGUGAUGCAGCAGCACCAGCAGACGAUGAUGGUGAUGCAGCAGCACCAGCAGAUGAUGAUGACGAUGCAGCAGCACCAGCAGAUGAUGAUGACGAUGCAGCAGCACCAGCAGACGGAUAUGAUGCAGCAGCAGCUGAUGAUGGUGAUACAGAAGCUGCAGCAGCUGAUGCAACAGCAGCAGCAGCUGAUGAUGCUGCAGCAGCCGGAGCAGACGAUGAUGAUACAGCAGCAGCAGCUGAUGAUGAUGCAGCAGCAGCAACAACAGGAGAUGAUAGUGCAGCAGCAGCAGCAUUAGAGGGGAGUGGCGCUGCCGUAGAUAUAGAAGAUGUUGGUGCAGCAGCAGCAGAAGCAGAAGGAGAAAAUGCUGUUGUCUUAGAGGUAAUGGACGCGGAUGCAGAAGAGUCAGCAGCAGCAGCAACAGCAGCAGCAACAGCAGCAGCAGCAGCAGAAACAGCAGCAAGAAGUAGUUAUGCUGUUUCUAUUGAUAAUGGAGAAGGCUUCAGGCGGCGCAGCAUGCGGAGCAAGAGCUCAAUUCUGCCUGAACAAGCCCUCGAAGUUCCUGCUGCUGCUGCUCCUGCUGCUGCUGCUGCUGCUGCUGGUUUAGGUGAAGCAGCAGGAAAUAGCAACAGCACAUUUGGAGUGGGCGCUCAAAAAGGAGACAGCAGCAGCCUUCCGUCUGGGCAGUCUCUUGAUGAGAGCUCGCAAGCCCCACAGGAACUGUCGGAGGAAGCUCUUGAAGACAAAAGAAGAGACAAAAAAUUGCUUAUAUGGUUGGGUUCGUUUGCUCUUGUUGCUGCAGCUGCUUUUGCUUGCCUUACAGUCUUUGCAUGCCUUCAAGCACAAACAAAAGAAGAAAAUGUAGCUCCUCCUGCAGCGCCUUGCAAAGUGGGCCAAUGGACCGAGUGGACCAUUUGCCCCGUGGAGUGCGGAGACAGCCAUCAAACAAGAUACAGAGAAAUUACCGAGGCACCAGGAGAAGUUCUAAGCUGCCCGGAAAUAAAAGAAAAACGCAGCUGCAGCGGCGCAUGUAUGCUGUUCAUUAUAACGCGAGAAGCCUCCGUGCAAACGAACAGCAAAAGCGAAGCUGCACUCAUCAGCAGAAGCCCAACCAUCCGACAACUCCUCGCCCAGGCAUUGGGUUUGCGGGAGUGGCGCAUAACCCUUUCUUCGCUGAGCGCGGACUCAUUAACGGGAACGAAGUACUGGCGGCUGCAAUUUGUGGUGUUGGUUGACAGCAGCAGCAAAGGCGAAGACGCAGACGUAGGCAGGGACCCCCAGAGAUGGCUCGAUGCGGAAACACUGACAAUGCCUGUGGACAUGUGCCUGCUUUUGGGCGCUGACGCGCCUAAGACCUGCGACUGCAAGGUGUCGGAAUGGACAGAGUGGACGGUAUGCGACAGCAGCUGCACAUCCCUCAAGUCCGAGAGAACGCGCACCAUAGUAAACGCUGAAGAUGUCUCGGGUCCAUCCGCCUGUCCUCCGCUAAAAGAAGAAAGGAAAUGCACGGCUCAGUCAAAAAUUUACUCCUUUAGUCUCCCCGCAGGCGUCAACCUGGGCAGCCAAUCUGAGAUGGACAGCCGACUGCAAAUUUGCAGCACUGCAGUUCUAUCUGCUAUGCAGGAGGUGCUGCACACGGCAGCGCCUGAACAUCUCUCGUUCGUGGGCAACACAUUGGGUCUUUGGAAGUUCUCUGCUCUUCUCAGCCCCACCGUUGCAGCAGACGAAGCAGCAAAAGCGAACCGGUGCUCCGGUAAGGCUGCUGCUGCUGCUGCUCCAGCUGCAGUCCUUCGCUUACUUGCUGCAGCGCUUUGCUUCCGUGCUGCGGCGCUCUCCCCAGUGCUGCAGCAACAGGCUCUGCUGCAGCACGACGCAGUAAAAUCAAGGGCAGCUCUGGACAAAGCAAUGGCCAACUCCGGGUCCACUCUCUUUUUAGCAAUUGUUCAGUGCAUGCUCUCCCCUGGAACAACUAUCUCAAUACCCGUGCCUUCUUUAGUUCAGUCUCCAGCUAACGAACUCCUCUGCCCGUAG